UUCCUAAUACGCGGCUGUGUAAUGUUUUGCUGUCUAAAGAGCUGCCUGAAUGGUGUGCUGCCGGCUCAGUCCGUACACAUCACGAAAACGUCCAACCCGGUGCAGCUCGAUUCGUCACAUAUGGGUCACGAAGUGGUUAUUAUCAAGAACGGAAUGCGAGCCUGCGGAACGGGCGGAGUACUGGCGAAUGCACCGCUCGUUCAGUCCAAAUCUUACUUCGAGGUGAAGCUGCAACAGUCGGGCCACUGGUCGAUCGGACUAGCCACGCAGCAGACGGAUCUGAAUCAGUCGGUCGGAGGAAAGGAUCGGGAAUCGUGGUGUCUCAACUCAAACCAUCUGGUGCUGCACGGUGGCGAUGUUAUCUACCGCUUGGAUGCUAGCAAAGGUGCAGGAGUGCCGAACGGAGGUCAGAACUCACCCGGUCACAGCACCACCACCACCGCCCCUGGCACAGUGCCCGUUGAUCUUGGGCCCGUGUCUGCGCCAGCAUUUCCUCCAGCGCCCGGUAGUGCCUCUGCUGCGGAAGGUGGUUUGCCGCAGGAAGGGGACACGAUAGGCGUCGCGUACGAUCACGUCGAGCUAAAUUUCUACCUGAACGGGAAGAACCUGAAUGUGCCGGUACUGAACGUGCGCGGAACCGUCCAUCCCUGUCUGUUCGUGGACGACGGUGCGAUCCUUGAUAUUGUGCUGGAUAACUUUGCGUAUGGGCCUCCGCCCGGUUUUGAGCGCAUUCUGGUCGAGCAGUCGUUGCUUUGAUUUCUCACACACGUUUUUUGCUGUUGCUUUUGUUAAGUUUAAGUCGUCACGCUCGUUGAAAUCGAUUUAGUAACGAAAUCUUCUCU